CCCGUUUUUCCAGACCAUGUGUCCAGGGACAACAUUAAUCCGGAUACCGUAGUGAUUAUAAUAAUAUUAUGUCUGUAAUCGAUUAAAAUGUUUGUAUUGCAUUGAUGAUAUUAUACAGUGAUUGUUCAGUCACAUCAACGCAUCACGGAUUCGACGCAAACAAUGGAAGUAUUAGAAACGCAUAGAAUCCCAUUUCCUUCUGGAUUGGACCGCAAUGAUGUGAAGGGCGGAUGGAUUGACGGCACUCAGUACGUAUGGUAUACGUACGGAGCCAACAUCGAUCUCUAUUCAACGGAAACUAGGUCUGUUGAGUCUUCCAGAUCGUUCAAUGAUGUUCAAACUGAUAAAUCGUUAAAGAUAACCUUUGUGAAAGAACUACAAUGCGAGAAAAUUAUUAAUUUAUUAUUGGUUGGAUGUUCGUUUAAAUCUUCUGGCAUAUUAUUUGUAUGUCAAUUACCAAAAUUAACCACAAUUUGUUGUAUUGCUUUACCAAAUCCAGUAUCAUAUAUUUCAACAAUACUAAAUAAAUCACUUCCUAACGAUCAACUCUGUAACGAAUUAAAAAUAAUGUCUACUAUAUUGUUAGUUGGUAUGGCAACAGGAGAAGUUUAUGCAAUUGAUUUAAAAGAACAUUACAUUAAAAACCAAUUGAACACAAAUAAAAUUGUUGCAAAUGAAUUAAAGCCUCGUCAAUUAUUCAUUUUAAAGAAUAAUGAUAACUUCCAAAAAGCUAAUCAAAUGACUAAUGGCGGUGAUUACCAUUUAGCAAUGUUUUUAAAUGAAACUUUCUACACGGAUUAUAAAAAACAAUACUAUGACAAAUUAGACUUCAGCGUAUCUAGUUUGUUAUAUAAUGAAAAAAUCAAUACUGUUAUCAUUGGAUAUUCUACGGGUCACUUACAACUAUGGGAUUGUAAAGUUAUGCAGUCAUAUAUGUUAAAAUGUUUUAAAUAUGAUAUACCAAUAACCCAUAUUACAUUUCUUGAACCAUCUGAUGAUCCAAACAAUCUUUGUUAUCUUUGGAUUAUUCAAUCAGAUAAUUCUAGACUUCCAAAUGCAACAAUGAUAGCUCUAACAUAUGAACAGAGAACUGUGAUGUCAAAUGGAUGCUUGUUAUAUAAAGAAUAUAAUGAAAAUGGUAUACAAUUAGAAAUGUCUCUAUGGAAAGAAGCUGGAAUUGGUCGAUGUAUAUCUGCAUUAACUUUAUGUAAUGACGCCUUGGUCAGAAACGGCACUAAUAUGAAUGAACAUUCUGAAAUUAAAUUAUUUGCUAUGUUAAUGGAAAUUCGUCAAAAUGUGGAUGCCAGUCCCGAAUCUUACAUUUUUUUGUUUGAUAUUAACCAGUGGUAUAAAGCCCAGAUGCCGUCAAAUAUAGAUCAUCUUAAAGUAUCAAAUUCUUUUGCUAGUUUUGUGAAAUUGCCUCAUAAUACUAGUUAUUUAGAUUUAAAUAUUUCUGACAAAACAUUACGCCCAUUCAGUUACAACUUUAUUCAUAAUGUUGAAGAACUCUAUCAUCCGUCUUCGAUAUAUUUUGAAUGUGAUUGUUUAUUAGAUAAUGAAAUAAUUAAAAUUAAACAUGCUGGUGUUCAACAAGAAACUUUGGAUGAAUUAUUUUUAAACAAAUGGAGGUUGUUAGAAAAUCCAAGUUCAAUAUUUAGCCAGUGUUUACAAACAAAUUUAAAACCAUUCUUUUGGGAUAAGACUGAUGAUUAUGUGAAUUACAGCUUGCUUGAUAAAGUACAUUUUUUAAUAGCUAUUAUAGUAGAAAAUGAGAUAAUGUCAGUUCUUGAUGCAUAUGCCGAAGAAUAUAAAAAUGGAAUCAAUGUUUCUUGUGAAACAAUAUCUUUAUUUAUGCAAUGUCUUUGGAAUCACUUUACGCUUGUCAACAAAUAUACUGAUCAAUUAUGUGUUUCUUUAUUUGACUACUCCGGUGAGCUGUUUUGCAAUAAUAAUGAAAUCAUGUUAUGCAAAUGUUUGACUCAAAUGUUGCGUGUAGUAUACUUUUACGAAAGUAUGCAUUCUGCAGACAGUAUUCAAAUAUUAAAUGUUGACUUGAUGAAUCGAGAGAAAAAAAUGAAGUGUGCCAUUCAAUAUUUUCACACUCUUAUUUAUUUUAUUAACUAUAAACUCUUACCAAAACUAAUGGAAGGAGAUUCUAUGUGUCAAAUUCUACAAUUUAAUUUCUCAUUUCUUAUACAAUAUUCCAACAAUCGUCGAAUGGAAUUUGGAGAUUUACCCCUUUACCUUAUUGAUGCUGUUAUCACCAAUGAACUUAAUGGAUAUCAAUUUAUCGAACAAUGGCAACAGGAAUUUAAUAAUGAAAGUAAAGGCUUAUAUCCGCCUUCCAAUAUCCAAGAUCUAUUAAAGAUUAAUUUGAACACUGAACUUUCGCACGUUGUCAAAAACUUCAUCAUAACUUACUUUUUGAUUGAUGCCUAUUAUUUGCAAACAAUGAAUGAAAUAAUGACAAAUGUUUUGAAUGACAUAUCUAAAAAAAAUGAUAGAUUAUACAAACUUUGUGGUGCCACCUGGUUUUUAGAUCAUGACAUGUUUGAAAAUGCCAUGCUCAUCUUUAUCAAUUAUAAUAAAUGGUUGAUUGAUGAUGAUUCUUGGAAUUGGUAUCAUUGGAAUGUUCUGAAACUACUAGUAUUUAAAGAACAGUAUUAUUGGGCACAAAAUUACUUAGAUCUCUUUGAAAUCAAAUUAGUUAAUCUUGAUGAUCAUAAAUUUUAUGUUAACUUGCAUAUAAUGAGUAAAAAUUGUUUUGAAGCUCUGGGUUAUAUGCAUUCAAGAGAAGAUGAGAAUGAAAAAAAUAUUUUAUUUGAAUAUAUUUUUGAACAAUGCAGAAAUACUAACCAAUUGCAAAAUAUAUUUAAUUAUCCUUUUGACGAAGACGAAAAGAUCUUAUUUUUUUCUUGUUUACAAAAAUUUGAUGACACUUCAUCAACUCAAUUUAAAUUUUUAAUUCAAGAGAAGAGUAAUCUUAUUAAUCCAGAUGUCAAAUAUAAUGAUGACGCUAUAGAGAAAUUAAGUAGACCAAAAAUCAUACUCGAUGAAAAUAUUGAUAAAAGUAAUUUAGUAGAACUAGAUAUUACACUCAAAAGUAAAGGCAAUUUAAAAGAACCAGAUGAUGGUAUAUUUGAUAAAGAAAGUGUUGAAAAUAACUCUGAAAAGCCAAGUGAAAACUCUUUAGAAAAUGAAGAUAUUAAUAUUAUUACAGACACAAACAAUGAAUGUAAUUUAAAUGAAGUCGACAUACUUUGUGACGAAUUUGUGGACAAUACUUUUGAUGAAUUCGCUGAAGAGAAUCGUUCAAAUGAUAAUAAUCAGGUAUACGAAGAAGAAAAUGAAAAUACAUUUGGUAAUAUAAUCAAUGGCAACAAUACUUCUCUUAUGGUUAAAGAAGAUCAUGUUACUAAAUUAUUAGAAAAUAAAGACAAAAAUUCAAGUGCGUCUAAUUAUUCUCAAGGCAUUGAAAAUCAUAAAGAUGAUUUAUUUAAUGAUCCAAAUGAAUUUAAUCCUAUUCCUGAAUAUAAUUUAAAUUAUGAUAAUAUGAUUGGAGAUAAUGAAAUUCAGCCAAUAUCAAUUUCUAUUAAUGAAUCGCUUUGGGAAAAUUUUAAUAUAGAAGCUCAAGCUAAAAAAAAUGGAACCCAAGAUUCGGCUGUAGAUAAUCACGAAGAAAUAGUUACUGAUGAGAUAUCAGAAAAAAAUGAAUCAUCUUGUGUUUAUAAAAAUGUGAAAGAUAAGAAAAAAUCCUUACAUUGUGUAAAAAUAAAAACGAGUGAACUAAUACAAGCUUUAACUAAUGAAGAAACCUAUUCUUCAUUCAAUAACAAUUCUAUGAAAUCUAAUACAUUUGGUAAUAUAAUCAAUGGCAACAAUACUUCUCUUAUGGUUAAAGAAGAUCAUGUUACUAAAUUAUUAGAAAAUAAAGACGAAAAUUCAAGUGCGUCUAAUUAUUUUCAAGGCAUUGAAAAUCAUAAAGAUGAUUUAUUUAAUGAUCCAAAUGAAUUUAAUCCUAUAUCUGAGUAUAAUUUAAAUUAUGAUAAUAUGAUUGGAGAUAAUGAAAUUCAGCCAAUAUCAAUUUCUAUUAAUGAAUCGCUUUGGGAAAAUUUUAAUAUAGAAGCUCAAGCUAAAAAAAAUGGAACCCAAGAUUCGGCUGUAGAUAAUCACGAAGAAAUAGUUACUGAUGAGAUAUCAGAAAAAAAUGAAUCAUCUUGUGUUUAUAAAAAUGUGAAAGAUAAGAAAAAAUCCUUACAUUGUGUAAAAAUAAAAACGAGUGAACUAAUACAAGCUUUAACUAAUGAAGAAACCUAUUCUUCAUUCAAUAACAAUUCUAUGAAAUCUAAUAAAGAUAAUGUUAAUUUGUAUGAUCAAGAAAUUGAAGAAUCUAAGGACAUUGCACUUGAUGAAGAUUUUGAUUCAAAAAUUUUAGAAUUUGAAAAAAGUAUAUGCGCCAUUGAAAAUAACAAAUUAAAAGAAAACUAUCCUUCUGCAUCAUCAUUUGUUCUGCCUAACAAAUCGAAAAUAAUUAAAGAAUUUCUUCAUAGUGACGACAAAAAAAAUGAGCCACCGAUUCCCUUUGUUGGCACCAGAAUGAUAACAAGAUUGAGAUCAAAACCAGUCAAAGUUGAAAGUAUUUCUUCAAAUACUCCUUCAUCCACUUCUAAAAUUAUUGAAGAUUGUUUUGACAAUAAAUCAAAAAAGAGAUCAAAAUGCAAGGAAAAAAAUUCGAAAAAAAAGUGUGUUAGUAAACCACAAAAAAGCUAUUCUCCUGCAUCAUCAGAGCAUAAUAAAUCGAUUAUUAGUAAAGAAUUUCUUCAUAGUGACGACAAAAAAAAUGAGCCACCGAUUCCCUUUGUUGGCACCAGAAUGAUAACAAGAUUGAGAUCAAAACAAGUCAAAGUUGAAAGUAUUUCUUCAAAUACUCCUUCAUCCACUUCUAAAAUUAUUGAAGAUUGUUUUGACAAUAAAUCAAAAAAGAGAUCAAAAUGCAAGGAAAAAAAUUCGAAAAAAAAGUGUGUUAGUAAACCACAAAAAAGCUAUUCUCCUGCAUCAUCAGAGCAUAACAAAUCGAUUAUUAGUAAAGAAUUUCCUCAUAUUGACGAUAAAAAUAAUAAGCUCAAGUAUCCAAUUGUACUUAUAGAAAGGUUUGAUGUUGAAGCAUACAAACAAAGUUUUCAAAAUAAAAAAAAAAAUUGGAGAAUAAUCCCCCCUAGUAAUGAAAAUAAUAAUGAUAACACAAUACUCAAGAUUCGAGUGGGUCGAUAUAAAAAUAUUAAUUAA